UUAAAUUAACACGUGUCAUGUAAUGAUUGGUGUGUGAACACACUUGCUUUUUAAAAUCUGAGAUUGAUCGAAAAAUGAUAUAAUAAUAUAUGUUCAAAAUUGUUUAAUAGGGUAAUAAGACGGUUGCAAAAUUAAGAUAUCUUUUUGAAAAUUCGGAACAACUUCAAUAGUGAAUUUAUGUCUUUUUUUCUUUUUAAAAAUUGCAUAAAUACAAUAUAACAAUGCUUUUGACUUAACUAGAUACUUCAUUUGUCUCACAUAAAAGAAACAAGGAACUUUUGUGACACCUUGGAUAUCCACACAUAAUGGAUCCAAGAAUGUACAUUGCUGCAAUGGAAGGGAGUAUGGAAGAUGGUGAUUUUUCACUUGUUGAUCAUCUGAAAAGGGAGGAAGAAAAUGGAUACCAAGUCACUCCAAAGGGAAAUACAAUCCUCCAUGUGGCAGUUCACUUUGGCCAACGAGGUUUCGUGGGAGAAGUCCUUAAGAUUACCCCGGCUUUAUUAUGCUAUAAGAAUAAGAAAAAUGAAACUGCGCUUCACAUUGCAGCUAAUUUAGGACAAAGUGAAGUGGUGAGUGAACUACUUAGCAUAGAAGGAAAGGAGACACUUGUGAGGAUGACGGAUGACAUUGGAGAUACGGCCUUGCACAAGGCCAUUAGAAGUGGACACAUUGACAUUGUCAGGAUGUUGGUGAAAGUAUUACUAGAUCCUGAACACGACUUUCCAGCCAAUAAGGCUGGGGAGACACCACUUUAUUUGGCUGCAGAGUCUGGUUUUCAUGAUGCUUUGAUUGAAAUCUUGAACGUUUGCAAGGAACCAACUUAUGUUGCAGGUCCAUCCAAUCGAACACCUCUACAUGCAGCCGUAAUUCAAGAACACACGGAAUGCGUGAGAUCACUAUGGCAAUGGAAUAAACCUUUAUGCGAAGAACUUGAUAGAUGGGGUUGGAAUUCACUACACUAUGCUGUUAAACAAGGAUUGAAAGAAAUAGUUUCCGAUAUGUUAGGAUGGAAGAAAUCUUUAGCCUACCUUCCGGCUGGCAGUGAAAAUAACUGGACGACAACGUUUCACAUUGCAGCUAGUGAAGGUGAUGUGUUGAUGAUAGGUGAGUUAUUAAACCACUGCCCAGAUUGUUGGGACAUGCUUAAUAGCAAUAGUCAAAAUGCACUUCAUGUUGCCUUAUUGAACGGUCACCAAAUGUUCGUCAUUGUCUUCUAUAUGAUUGGAUUUUGGAAUAGCCUUGUUGAUGAGGAAGAUAAUGAAGGCAAUACUCCACUCCAUUUGCUUGCUGCCUCUGGGGACAAUGUGCCGCAAAUGAUAUUAGACCAUCCUAGAGCAAAGAAGAUGGCAUUUAACAAACAAAAUCAGACUCCACUUGACAUAGCAUUGUCUCGCACAUGGACAACAAAGAAGGAGAAAUUGGUAGCCGAUAUGUGCAGCAUUAGCGGAGGAUUGGGACAACGUGACUUCAAGGUAAAACGGAAAAUAGAAACAAUCGGGAACAUACAACAGAUGAGGAAAAAGGAGGAUGAUGAAGCCAAAGCUAAGAAAGAAAAAUUAGAAAUCGAAAAAAUUAUGAAGUCAACUCAAAUACAAGUAGUUGUAGCUACUCUAAUAAUGACAGUCACGUUCGCAGCUGGUUUCACAUUACCAGGAGGUUUAUACAGCGAUGACAGUCCUAAUAAAGGGAUGGUGAUUCUAUUAAAGAGAGCAACGUUCCGUGCAUUUGUUAUUUCCGAUGUCCUGGCAUUUUCAUGUUCAGCUGGUGCUAUAUUCAUCUAUUUCUUCCUGGCAGAUAUGGAGGUAGACAACGAUGAACCUAAACGGGACUGGUUCAGAAUGUUUAAGAGGAGCUAUAAUAUAGCAUGGACUUCGCAACUUUUGGCAAUGGGUACAGUUGUAGUUGCAUUUGUAACUGGUAUGUAUGCUACUUUAGAAAAUUCACUUGCUCUUGCUGUUAGUGUUUGUGUCAUUGGUUGUGUCUCUUUGCUUAUGUACUUUUCGUAUAUCAUUUGGGUAUAAUCAGGAGAGAUGUGCUUACUAGUAGUAUUCGAACAACGUACAUAACCUUAAUUUGAGGUGAUCAGGUGUGCUUAUUAUUCGAGCAACUCUCUGUUGUCUAAUAUAGCUAGGAGAUCAAACUUAAUACUAUUUUUUUCUUCAUGUAUAGAGACAUGUGAUUGUGAAUGAUACUAUUUGUUCUAGCAUGA